AUAAAAUUAAAAAAAAAUAUUAAAAAAAAAAAAAAAAAACCCUGACCGACCACCCAAGCGGGGUAUAACUCCAAUGGUCCCUUUUUCUGUCUCUUUCUCUGUAUUUUCAUAAAGUUAUACAAAAAUCUCUCUAGUGUUAUGGAGGUGCAGGGUCUGUACAACAGUGCUCUUAACUUUGAGGCUAAUGUAUUGUCCAUGGUGGAAUCUUUGGUAGUGGAGACUGCUCUGCUUGCUCAAAAAUCCCUGCUUGGAUUUCUCUUGGUGAUUAGGUCACUGCCAGAUGAUAAUAUUGCUUUUACCAAUUUAGUUGGAAAAGAUCAGAGAUUUCCAAUGGCUGAACUUAACAAAGUAAAAGAGCCUGUCGCUGAAAAUAAGAAUGCUGGUGAAAGUGAGGACAAUGAAGACGAUGACCACGAUGAUGACGAAGAUGAUGAUAAUGAGUCAGGAGAUGAUAGUAAUGAUGAUGAUGAUGAUGAGGAUUCUGAUGAUGAUAUUGAGACUAAUGGUGAUGGAGGAAGCGAUGAUGAAGAUGAUGACGAAGAUGACAGUGAUGAUGACGAGGAUGAUGAUGAUGAAGAGGACGAUGAUGAAGAUGAUGAAGAAGAGCAACCCCAGCCUCCUACCAAAAAGAAGAAGUAAGAGACGAGACAAGCAUUAUUUGGUAAUCUUGAGGGGUGGCAAGAAAUUUAUUGUUCCUCCACUUUGUUAGAGAUAGAGCAUCAAGUUUGUUGUUUUAGGUGGAUUCUUUCUUUUCUCAUACUUUAAAAUUUCCUUUUUGGUAAUUAUAUUGUCUAGAGUUCACAAUGGCUCUCAAACAUCUGAAUGCCAAUGAACAUUCUCAAACUAGUAAAAUGUUAUAUAAGAACCCUGAUAUGAACAUAUCUGAAGCUCUUUCUCCUUGA